ACCGCCUUUGCUCCCGCCUUCGCCCGCCGGGCUGCGCCCAGAGCUCCCUUGCUCGCCGGGGAUGCCCUGGUGGGAGGCUCUGGUCCCUGCCUUUCAGGAAAGUGCCUGGCCAUCACGCGGCGCUCACGCCCACCACCUGCCCUCUUUCUAGGCACCGCGCGAUUUUUCUUUUUUUGUCGGUGAAGUAACUUUUGCAUUCCCGCCUCCCCCCACCACCCCAAACGGUCCCAGGGACCAGAGGCGGCGCCGAGCCUGGGGGCGGUUCCUUGGCAGCGCCGGUUCGAGUCGCAGCCAGACUUUUGCUCCUGGGCUAGGUUUGCAUCAUCCCCAUCACACCCUCGGGGAAGAGGAGCCAGCCCCCUUUCCAGUCUCAGCUUCCGGCCGAGCGACCCCUCCCCCUCCGGGUCCCCCCAGGCCCUUUUCCUACCUUCCUCAGCAGGGCACCCCCUCUGCAGCACUAGCUGCCCCUCGCUGCCCUCCUCCAUCUCUUGUUGGAUGUUGCCCACUCCUUAAGGAAGGAUGGUUGAUUUGGAGAGCGAAGUGCCCCCUCUGCCUCCCAGGUACAGAUUUCGGGAUUUGCUGCUAGGGGACCAAGGCUGGCAAAAUGAUGACAGGGUCCAAGUUGAAUUCUACAUGAAUGAAAACACAUUUAAGGAGAGAUUAAAAUUGUUUUUCAUAAAAAACCAGAGAUCAAGUCUAAGAAUCCGCUUGUUCAACUUUUCCCUCAAAUUGUUAAGCUGCUUAUUAUACAUUAUCCGAGUGCUGCUUGAAAAACCUUCACAGGGAAAUGAAUGGUCUCACAUAUUUUGGGUUAACAGAAGUCUACCUUUAUGGGGCUUACAGGUCUCAGUGGCAUUGAUCAGUCUAUUUGAAACAAUACUCCUUGGUUAUCUCAGUUAUAAGGGAAAUAUCUGGGAACAGAUUUUAAGAAUCCCAUUCAUCUUGGAAAUAAUCAAUGCAGUCCCCUUCAUUAUCUCAAUAUUCUGGCCUGCCUUAAGGAAUCUAUUUGUUCCAGUUUUUCUAAACUGUUGGCUUGCCAAACAUGCCUUGGAAAAUAUGAUUAAUGAUCUUCAUAGAGCCAUUCAACGAACACAGUCUGCAAUGUUUAAUCAAGUUUUGAUUUUGAUAUCUACAUUGCUAUGCCUUAUCUUCACUUGCAUUUGUGGAAUUCAGCAUCUGGAACGAAUUGGCAAGAAACUCAAUCUCUUUGAUUCCCUCUAUUUCUGCAUUGUGACAUUUUCUACUGUGGGCUUUGGGGAUGUCACUCCGGAAACAUGGUCCUCCAAGCUAUUUGUGGUUGCUAUGAUCUGCGUUGCUCUUGUGGUACUCCCCAUACAGUUUGAGCAAUUAGCCUAUUUGUGGAUGGAGAGACAAAAGUCAGGUGGAAACUAUAGUCGUCACAGAGCUCAGACUGAGAAGCACGUUGUCCUGUGUGUCAGCUCAUUGAAGAUCGACUUACUUAUGGAUUUUCUAAAUGAAUUCUAUGCACAUCCAAGACUGCAGGAUUAUUAUGUGGUGAUUUUGUGUCCCACGGAGAUGGAUGUGCAAGUGCGGAGGGUGCUACAGAUUCCAAUGUGGUCCCAGAGAGUGAUCUACCUUCAAGGCUCAGCACUUAAAGAUCAGGAUCUCCUGAGAGCAAAGAUGGACAAUGCGGAGGCCUGUUUCAUUCUGAGCAGCCGCUGCGAAGUGGACAGAACAUCGUCUGACCACCAAACAAUUUUGAGAGCAUGGGCUGUGAAAGAUUUUGCUCCAAAUUGUCCUUUGUAUGUCCAGAUAUUAAAACCUGAAAAUAAGUUCCACAUCAAAUUUGCAGAGAAGGGCAACAGUCUCCAGAACAGUGGCAGAAGAUGUACGGGAGGUGCUCAGGAAAUGAAGUCUAUCACAUCGUUUUGGAAGAAAGUACAUUUUUUGCAGAAUAUGAAGGGAAGAGUUUUACCUAUGCCUCUUUCCAUGCACACAAAAAGUCCUCGAUACAUUAUGAAUGCUUCAGAUAUAUGUUUUUAUAUUAAUAUUACCAAAGAAGAAAAUUCAGCAUUUAAGAACCAAGACCAGCAGAGAAAAAGCAAUGUGUCAAGGUCAUUUUAUCAUGGGCCUUCCAGAUUACCUGUCCACAGCAUCAUUGCCAGCAUGGGUACUGUGGCUAUAGACUUGCAAGACACAAGCUGUAGGGCAGCAAGUGGCCCUACCCUAGCUCUUCCUUCAGAAGGAAGCAAAGAAUUAAGAAGACCUAGUAUUGCUCCUGUUUUAGAGGUUGCAGAUUCAUCAUCAAUUCAGACAUGUGAUCUUCUAAGUGACCAAUCAGAAGAUGAAACUACACCAGAUGAAGAAACUUCUUCAAAUUUAGAAUAUGCCAAGGGCUACCCUCCUUACUCUCCAUACAUAGGAAGUUCACCUACUUUUUGUCAUCUACUUCAAGAAAAAGUACCUUUCUGCUGCUUAAGAUUAGACAAGAGUUGCCAGCAUAACUACUAUGAGGACGCAAAAGCCUAUGGAUUCAAAAAUAAACUAAUUAUAGUUGCAGCUGAAACAGCUGGGAAUGGAUUAUAUAAUUUUAUUGUACCUCUCAGGGCAUAUUAUAGACCAAAGAAAGAAUUAAAUCCCAUAGUUCUGCUAUUGGAUAACCCGCCAGAUAUGCAUUUUCUGGAUGCAAUCUGUUGGUUUCCAAUGGUUUACUACAUGGUGGGCUCUAUUGACAACCUAGAUGACUUGCUCAGGUGUGGAGUGACAUUUGCUGCCAACAUGGUGGUUGUGGACAAAGAGAGCACCAUGAGUGCAGAGGAAGACUACAUGGCAGACGCUAAAACCAUUGUGAACGUGCAGACCCUUUUCAGGUUGUUUUCCAGUCUCAGUAUUAUCACUGAGCUUACUCACCCAGCAAAUAUGAGAUUCAUGCAGUUCAGAGCCAAGGACUGUUACUCUCUUGCACUUUCAAAACUGGAAAAGAAAGAGCGAGAACGAGGCUCUAACCUGGCCUUUAUGUUCCGACUGCCUUUCGCGGCUGGACGAGUGUUCAGCAUCAGCAUGUUGGACACGCUUCUGUAUCAGUCAUUUGUGAAAGAUUAUAUGAUUUCUAUCACCAGACUUCUGUUGGGACUGGACACCAUACCAGGAUCGGGGUUUCUUUGUUCUAUGAAAAUCACUGAAGAUGACUUGUGGAUCAGAACAUAUGCCAGACUCUAUCAGAAGCUGUGUUCUUCUACGGGAGAUGUUCCCAUUGGGAUCUACAGGACGGAAUCUCAGAAACUAACGACAUCUGAGUCUCAAAUAUCCAUCAGUGUGGAAGAGUGGGAAGACACCAAAGAUGCCAAAGAGCCGGGGCACCACCGUGGCAUUCACCGCAACUCAACCUCCAGCGACCAGUCGGACCACCCCUUGCUGCGGAGGAAGAGCAUGCAGUGGGCCCGGAGGCUGAGCAGAAAAGGCCCGAAACACUCCGGUAAAACUGCAGAAAAAAUAACCCAGCAGCGGCUGAACCUCUACAGGAGGUCCGAAAGACAGGAGCUUGCUGAACUUGUGAAAAAUAGGAUGAAACACCUGGGCCUUUCUAUGGUGGGCUACGAUGAAAUGAAUGAUCAUCAAAGCACACUGUCCUACAUCCUGAUCAAUCCAUCUCCAGAUACCAGGCUUGAGCUAAAUGAUGUUGUAUACUUGAUUCGACCAGAUCCACUGUCCUACCUGCCAAACAGUGAACCCAGUAGGAAAAACAGCAUCUGCAAUGCCACUGUUCAAGACUCUAGGGAGGAAACUCAACUCUGAUGGAAAGAAAAUAAGAGACCUUAUUUUCCCUAUAGGGACCUUGCUUGAAAUCACUAAAAUGUAGAUGGUCCUAAGAAACGGACUGGAAGGUACUCAGUUUCUCACUUUUCUUCUAUUUAAAAACAAAAUCUAUUCUCUCAGAAGUACAGAUAAUUUUGAAACUUCAUGUGGUAUUUAUUUAAAUUUCAUCACUGGGAGAUUCUGAAAAAUGAAUAUAAAAUACAGAAGUUGAAAUCUGAUAUUUAACUGUUCAAGAAUAAUCAGAAUUGUAUGCAUCCUAUUUUAAAACAUUACUAAGACUGUAUGAAAACAAAGAAAUCCACCUAUAUUCAGUGCAUCACAAGGGCACUGAAGCCUGAUUUUAUCCUUAUAAUUAAAUAUAUUAAUAUAUUGCUUAAAUUUGCUGUUUCUAAAAUUGAGCCCACUAAGAAUGUCUGCUUAUCUCUAUGUAGAGAUUAACCACUAACUUCUGUGGCUGACUUCUGUCUAGGAAUCAUAGUUUUCUUCAGAAUAGAUCUUUAGAGUCAUUUAUGUCUGUUUUUCCAUAUAUUAUUGUGUUCAUUUUAGAAUCCAAGAUAUCCAUAGCAUGUUUAUUAUUCAGAAGACACUAAAAUACAAAGAAAUAUUAAUCACCUGGGCUUUUUGGUGACUUCAUAUCUAAUGCACAUUUUAUGCCAAGAAAAGUUUACUUAAGAGAAAAUAUUUUUGUUCUCCUAAAAAGUACCUAAUAUAGAGAAAACAAUACAUAUCUUUUCAGCUAAUAUGAAUGUGAAAAUUGGAAUAUCACCUGUAUAUAUCAUAUGAGCAGUGAUGAUUUCCAUUACUGUUGGCUUUAAUAUAUUUCAUUUAGCUAUAUAGUAAAUUUCAGUAGGAAAAUGGGUCAAAGUUUAAAAGAAGAGUAUUUAUACAUUUUAUGGACCACAGGAACACUUUAAAACAUGUCUUUGAUAUUAAAUACUCACACUUAAAAUCUGAUUAAUAUGAAAAUAAUCAAACAUAUCUAUACCUUAACAUUAUAAGGAAAAUAUCAUUAACACAGAUAUUUCUUGUAUUUUAAAUUUAAUAUGAAUUAUUCAGAAUGUGACAGAUAUAUUUAAUAUAAAUAAUACUCUUGCCUUUAGUCUCUAUUUUUUUUCUUCAUAAAUACAACAAAACUCACAAGAGGAUGAAUACAUACACAGUUUGCCAAAUCAAAUAGACUAAUAAAGUGGUCCCAUGAGAGACAUAUUGGUACUUUUCAAAAAUAAAAAUUCUGUUUUUUCUCUCUUUCUUUAUUAUGAGCAUGACACUUGUGACCUAAAAUAGUCCAUGUAAGAAAUGAAAUAUUUUCUCCUUUCUUAUCAUCAUAAAACAAAUCAUAGGAAAGGAAAAUAAAUUCUUUUAAAAUAUGAAGCUUAACAUCCUCCCAAUAAUCAUACAGAAAAAUAGAAGCAUAAAAUGUGAAAUCAAAUCUUCUAUCCAUUUUACAAUUUUACUGGAGAAUAUAGAUUUUUUUUUAUUACCAGUACUUCACAUUAUCUAUAAUUUAGAAUGAGAAAAACAUGAAGCAUUCCCAAAAAAACAGAGAUGCUCUCUAGUUUUCAGAGAAGUUUGGUUAAAGCAAGGUACUUCAAAUUGAGAGCAUGCCUUAAAAUGUCAACAUUGUAUGCAAAAAGUGUGUAUUAUGAAUGUGAAAUACAUUUGAAAAACACCACAUGAUGUUAAAAUUGAAAGAAUUGAGUUAAUGUAUGCAAUAGAUAAAACAUAUUGAAUAUACUGACUUAUUUUACAUUUGGAUAUCAGUAGUCAAGUAAGAGCUUUCUUUAGAUUAACAUUUUUUUAUUCCAUUACAGUUCUUUUAGGAAUAAAUGUCAGAUUUUAAAAGUCUUGUAUUUCCCAAUGAGGUCUGAAGUUUAGUAUUUUUGCAUUAUGACAGUUGCUAAGACUGGGAUUUUAAGCUAGGAUAUGACUAUAUUUCCUAUAAAACUAAAAAUUUUGUUUCAUAAAUUUUAAAGUAAUUAUUUUUUUGAUUAUGAAUAUUAGUCCAAAUUUAAUAUUUGACAGAAUUAAUAUUGCUUGCUAUAACAAUGGUUGUUUCUAGUCUUUCUGAUUAUUUGAAGAAUAAAUGAUGCUUAUUAAAGGACUUUGAACAAACUGAUGGUUUUUUUUAAAUAAUGACACUUGCACAUGAAGAUUAAAACAUGAAGUAAUCAUGCUCUUAGCCCUUCGAGAAUUGGUUUGGUUUAUUGUCUAUGUGACAUUUUGCUACCGGUUUCAUUGAAUUGCUUUAAAAAUAGAUAAUAAUAAAAUUAUUUCUGAUGAU